AUGGGUGUUGGUGCAGAAGAUGUAGGUAAUGUUAAUGCCGAUGUUGGGGUUGACGUGGGUGGUAAUGUUGAAGGCGAUGUUGGGGUCGAAGCGGGUGGUAGUGUUGAUGAUAAUGUUGGGGUUGAAGCGGAUGAUAAUGCUGAACCUAAUGCUGAACCUGAGGCUGGACCUGAGGUUGAUGUGAAUGUAGAAACUGAUGCAAAUUCCAAGCUUGAUGAGGAAACUAUUACCGCAAUAUUUAGAGAGAUUGAGUUGAAGGAAUAUGCCAGAAACUGCGAAGAGUAUGUUAGUGAUGAAGAAUAUGUUGAUAAUGAGAAUGUGUGUCCAGGAACUCCGCUGGGUACAGAUGAAUUUGAGCGUCCAAGAAGAAAGGUGCCUAUUUCUAGAGUAUUAAGGAAGGGUGAUGAGUUGCUUUUGUUGGGUACAAUAUUUGAGUCUGGAGAAGAGUUCAAGGAUGCCCUGUUUCAGUAUGUUUUAGAUACGCAGUACAAUGUUAGAUUGUCUAGAUGGGAAAAAGAUAAAUAUGCAACAGUAUGUUCGCAUAAAGGUUGUGGAUGGAGAGUGUAUUGCUCAAUAGAGAAACCUGUGAACAAAUGGAUGAUCAAAGUAUAUCAGCCUGGACAUAAUCAUGAACCAACAGGAGUUGCUUCUAUGUUAUCUUCUAAACAUAUUGCGAAGUUGUUCUCAGAUAUCAUUAGAAGAAUGUCAGGAUUUUCUGCAGCUGAUAUGCAAUAUGUGAUUAAACGCAAAUGGAAAUUGAAAGUUCCACUGACUAAAUGCUUCAAGAAUUGUCAUCCAGUUUUAGGUUUAGACGGAUGUUUUCUGAAAUGGAAGAUAAAAGGAGAAUUAUUGGCUGCAGUUGGAAGAGAUGCUGAUAAUCGCAUCUAUCCUAUUGCAUGGGCAGUAGUUCAUGCCGAAACUAGUGACACUUGGAAUUGGUUUGUGCGCAAAUUAAAAUCUGAUUUAUGUCUUGGAGUAGGAGAACAUAUUACAAUUCUCUUUGACAAGCAAAAGGGUUUGAUGAAUGCCAUCGAAAAUGAGCUACCACUUGUUGAACACCGAAUGUGUGCCCGUCACGUGUAUGCCAAUUGGAAAAAGGUGUUCAAGGGGCUUGACUUGAAGCUGCUAUUUUGGAAAGUUGCUACCAGUUUUCAUAGCGUUGAAUAUGCAACAGCAAUGGAUGAAUUGAAGGAUAAAGACCCUAUGGCCCAUGAAGCAUUGGUCCGACAACGUCCAGAGCAAUGGGCCCGUUCGUUCUUCAAAGAAGGGUCUCAAUGUGGAGAUGUGCAUAACAACUUGUCUGAAAGUUUCAACAGGACUAUAAAAGCCGCACGGUUAAGGCCAGUGAUCGAUAUGCUAGAAGAUAUACGAAGGCAAACAAUGCAACGUAUUGCAAAAAGAUGUGUGGAAUCCAGUAAAUGGAAUAAAGAAUUCAGUCCCAAAGCAGUAUUGGCGUUAGGGAGUGCUCGUGAAAGGACAAAGUAUUGCACUGUAACUCCAGGUAGACGAGGUAUGUAUGAAGUAAUGGAAUUCGGUAUUACUUAUGGUGUUGACCUUACUGGAAAGAGUUGUGCUUGCCGAAGAUGGGAUUUGACUGGGGUACUGUGUCACCAUGCCCUAUCUGUAAUCCAUGAGAAAGAAGCCAAUAUUUCUGGAUUUGUCUCUGAGUAUUAUUUGACAACCAAAUGGACAGCAACAUAUUCAGACAACUUGAUGCCUGUAAAUGGACAAACUAUGUGGCACAAAACAGGCAAGACUCCUCUUGAUGUACCAGAGGACAGAGGUAUGCGUGGUCGGCCAAAGAAAUUUCACCGCCGGAAGGAUCCUCAUGAAUCUCCAACCAGACCUGGAAAGAUGUCGAGACAUGGGAGGGUGUUUACAUGGUUGUAA